CCUGUAGCUGGGUGGCCGCCUCCUGUCCCACCCUGACCCUCCCCGCCUCCGCGGUUCUGGUGUCUUCAGUCCUUUGGCCAGCCACCAGCAGGUGGGCAGAUGUCUCGGUGCGUUCCUACGGACGCUCAGGAAGAGCGAGUGCGCACGAGUCGGCGGCCGAGGUUCCAUCUCUGAGCGGCCCGGGAACAGUGCAAGCAGGGAAAAGGGACGCGCCCCAGAAUGUGAGACUCCCACCAGGAAAAGCUUUCUGGGCUUGCCCUGGGGCAGCGGAUCUGACAGCCCCUGCGACCUAAGCGGACCGUGCUGCCAGCCCUGGGUUGUCCCCGCAGUGUGCGGGAAUCAAAGGUGUUGGGCCAGACCAGCAAGAACGAUUCCUGCAUUCCUCCGAGACCGCGCCAACCGGCACAGCGCCUAAGCUUCAGGCAGCCCCUAGACGUCCCUUGGUGACCCUGAAAGUCCCUGCAGGGCGCUCCUCGAUUCCCACCAGGCAGCCUGCCAGCGUGGAAGAAUCCUUGGAGGGCUGGAGUGAACUGUCUUGAGACCACCAGGCCCUUCCCCACGCAGGGCGAGCGUGGUUCCCAAGCGUGCGGACCAUGGCGGACAGUGGCGGCUCCACCAGCAACUCCAGCCCCUGGUGGAAAUCUCUAACCAGGAAGAAAAGCAAAGAAGUCACCGUGGGAGCACAGCCUCAUGUUCAGCCAGAGGCGGAGGAUCACACAAGGCCUUAUUUGGCUCGGACUAGCAGCUCUGGAGAGAACCAGCACUCCGAUGUCCUUGUGGACACGGGAGAGCCCCCGGGGUCAGAUAAGUUGGGUGAGGAGAAAUCAGGUAACAGCCGGCGUAAUUUGAAGAUCUCACGCUCUGGCCGAUUUAAGGAGAAGAGGAAAGUGCGUGCCACACUGCUUCCGGAAGGAGACAGGUCCCCCGAGGAGGAGGCUGAUUUUCCAGAUGACCCCCCAGGAGGACAAGCAAUAGCCUGAGCAAGCUUCCAGGACUGUCUCUCUCUGAGGAGAGAAAAACACUAUUACCGGAACCCUGGUCCUUGAUGUCUUACCCAACUUCAGAAUAUUCAGGGGGCUAAAGGCCUUCAAAGAUUUAAAUUUUUUUUUCUAGAAAAUGAAGUUUCAGCUGAGUCUUCAAUAGUCCGUGACUCAAAGACGAGUAAGUAUUUAUUUGUGGGGAGAAU